AAAGAAAUCCACAGAUCCAUUUCUAAUUAGAAGGAUUGUCUAUAGAGAACGGUCUACGCAUUAUUGGUCUGAACGAGAAUACAGAAGAAAAACAAAGAUCUUAUAUUAUUUUAAAACAUGUUGCUGACUGCGGAAGGUCCUGUUCAAGAUAGAGGCAAUCCUGUCCCAGCACAGAGCUGUAUGGCUUGACACGCAAGUGACAUGUGCUCAGAGGACAGCAAUUAGAAGAAGAGGAGAUUAUGUACCUUAUAUUAACUGUUCUUUGGUCAUUAUUUCUUUAUGUUGAUUUGCUACACACCGAAGGACUACAACAAUGGGAUUGUCAGGAAGGUAAUCAGCAUUUGGCUAACGGAAAGUCUGCUUGUAAUGCUCUUAUGCCCUCCUUGAUUUUUAACAAUGGAAAAGACAUUUUUAGCAUUAACACUGAUGGGACCAAUCUCAGGAAAAUUGUAACCAACGCAGGAUCUCCAGUUCUGUUAGACUUUGAUCAACAGGAACAAAGACUUUACUGGCUUGAUCGUAACAGAGGCUUUCUUCAAAGAAUGUAUCUAAAUGGGACUAAGCGUGAGAGAAUGCGUGCCAUUGGAAGGGGAGUUACAGGAUUCACAGUGGACUGCAUACACAAGCAAAUAUUUUGGACAAACCGUCAAAAAAGAACUAUUGAAUUUGCAAACACAACUGGAAAGAAAUCACAAGUUAUUUUGCGAAAUCUAUUUAAUCCUAUUCUUAUUGCCAUUGAUUCAAUGGAAGGACUUCUGUUCUGGUCUUCUGAGGGACCUCUGUACACCAUUCAAAGAGCAAAUCUGUCCGGAAAUAAUAUGACAUCUGUUAUUGAAGCUAAAGGAGAAAUAAAGAGUCUAACACUGGAUACAAUGGACAAGAGAAUUUAUUGGCUCGUAUUUGAAAGGAAGACUGGGGUGUCAAGCAUUGGUUCAUGCACUUACAAUGGGGAUUUGACAUUAGUACUCAAAUAUAUAGUGAUUUCUUCAAGACAAAGCGUUUCUGGAUUUUCACUUUUCUCUGAUCAUAUCUACUAUUCAGAGUGGAAUUCUGGUUCAAUCCGAAGAGUCAAUAAAUAUUCAGGGAAGGAUACCACCACAAUCAUCUUAAAACCAACCAUUUCAGAAAUUGGAAACCUACUAGUAGUACCUCCAGAAGACGUUUUCAAUGCUUCCUAUCCCUCUCAUAGUUCUGUUUCAGGAGCCUGUACAUUGGAAAAUAAUUAUUGUUCAAAAAUGUGUGAGAAAACCACAGACAGUCAGCACUGUAAAUGUAUGGAAGGCUAUACGCUCUCUGCCAAUGGGAGAAACUGUGAGGAUAUUAAUGAAUGUGCCCUGUGGAAUCAUGGGUGCACUCUGGGCUGUGAAAAUAUUCCAGGGUCCUAUUACUGUACAUGUCCUAAAGGUUAUGUUCUUCUUCCGGACAACAGAUCAUGCCAUGACAAAGUCCCUUGCUCUGUGGAUUACAAGGACUGCCGCUAUGGUUGUAUACAGACAUCAGGAGGGCCUUUGUGCCAUUGUCCAGAAGGAUCAGUGUUUGGCAAAGAUGGAAAAACAUGCACAGGUUGCUCCUCACCUGAUAAUGGCGGAUGCAGUCAAAUAUGUUCAGUGUCAAGUCCAGGGAAAUGGGAAUGCGACUGUUUUCCUGGCUACAAUCUGCAACUGGAUAAGAAACGCUGCCUGGCAUCAGGUCCUCGGCCAUUCUUAAUAUUUACAAAUCUACAUGACAUCCAACGAAUUAACUUUGAUGGAACAGGACAUGAAAUACUUCUUGACUCACAGAUGGGGAGAGUCAUUGCUCUUGACUACGAUCCUAUUGAAAAUAGGAUAUACUUUGCACACACAGCUCUGAAGUGGAUCGAAAGUGCAAAUAUUGACGGCAGUGAGCGUGAAAGGGUUAUUUCUGAAGACUUGGACCUGCCUGAGGGAAUUGCUAUUGAUACCAUUAACAGAAAAUUGUACUGGACAGACAGGGGAAAAUCAUGCAUUGAAAUGAGUGAUAUCAAUGGGAAAAACAGAGAAAAAAUUAUCCAGAAAGACAUAGAGCAGCCAAGGGGAAUCUCUGUACAUCCACUGGCUAAGAAAUUAUUUUGGACUGAUACAGGUGCCAAACCACGAAUAGAAAGCUCCAAUUUGGAUGGAUCAGGAAGGAUGGUGUUAGUCAGUUCUGACUUGGUGUGGCCUACUGGAAUAACGGUGGAAUUCCUGUCUGACAAACUGUACUGGUGCGAUGCCAAGAGAUCUGUCAUUGAAUCUUCUAAUCUGGAUGGCUCCGAAAGGCAGACACUUUCCCAGAACGAAGUAGGCCACCCCUUUCAUAUCACAGUUUUUGAGGAUCAUAUGUGGAUUACUGAUUGGCUUCACCCAUCAAUAACAAGGAUGGACAAAAGAAACAAGGGAAACAUGGUACGUCUCCAAGGCAGCAUGCAAAGACCAUCCGCAACUGUGGUUGUUCAUCCUAUGGCCAAACCAGUUAAUUCAGAGGACAUCUUUCAAAUUAGAAAGGCAAAUGUUGUGUGUAAUGAAACUAAAACCUACGAAUCCUUCGUCCACGGUCCUUUACCUCCCGACAUCCAUGAAACUGGAAAAAAUGAAGAUAGUUUGGACGCAGAAGGGUUGGUAACUGAAAUCGUGGUGACAGAUGAGCGUCCCUGCAUGGAAAGUCACUGUGAUAUCAAUGCUCAUUGUGUUCUAUCAGAAGUUAAACCAAAAUGCCAGUGUCUGGAAGGCUUUGAUGGAAAUGGCCAGUUAUGUGAUGAUAUUAAUGAGUGUGCACUUCACAUUGCUUCCUGUGACCAACACCAUGCUGAAUGCAUCAACACCGAGGGUGGUUACAUCUGUAAAUGUAAGGAUGGCUUUAUAGGAAAUGGCCUUAAAUGCAUUGAGUCUUCUACAAAUGCCAGCACGUUUAUAGUCAUUACAAAUAAUUCUUCUGGAAAUGGGUACUCAAGAGAAUGCCCCAAGUCACAUGAAGGAUACUGUUUAAAUGGAGGUGUUUGUAGCUACCUAAUUAGUCCUGAAGACUACAGUUGCAGGUGUUUGCCAGGAUAUGUGGGUGAGCGAUGCCAAUAUGAUGAUCUGGAAUGGUGGGCGCCACGUUCCAUGCAAAUUAAGAUUCGCAAUGUUACUAUCGCUGUUUCCUUGACUGUACUCAUCCUCGUCCUGGGACUUGGUUCAUUUGCAAUAUAUUUUUACAGGCAUCAGAUGUAUCAGAGGAAAAGCCCUUAUAAACCAGAAGCGCCGCCAGACGCCUCAGCGGUUCCUAAUAGAAAAUCCUGUUGAACCUUCUAAAUGGAACUCAGGACAUCCACUGAAAAUAAGCGCUAUUUAUAUUAUAGUGAGAUAACAGCCUGAGAGAUUUCCACGGAGAGCCAUAAUGGUCAUUGCAGAAUCUACUAUCCAAGACGGGAAGAAUGUAUAUUUUAAAAUAUCCUACUUUAAAUGUUGAAUUAAUAUGUAGAUAAACAAUGAUGUGAGGUGACACAUUUUUUUUUUAAAUCUUUUCUCUAAAUCCAGAAAUAUUGAGUUACCAAAUUCCUCGUUAAUAAUGCUUUGGUUAAUGAAACUGAAGUCAUUAAUCAUGAACAUAGCUACAAAUGUCAAUAAUUAAAAUCUCUGAUUAUUUUUCAAUCAUUUUCCCCAAAAAAAAGCAUUUGUUAAAAAGUAGCAGAUUUUAUUUUUUCUAUUUUUAUUUUAUGCCUGGAUGUAAAAUGUUCUGCAAUAUAAUUAAGUAAUUGAUGAUGACGCAUUAGGAAAUAUUCUGUACAAUGCACAGCAACAUAACUGAGAUCUCUCUGCCAUCUGUACGUCAGAUAUUCUGGAAAGACAUUUUAUACUGGAAACAGAACUACUGAAUGCAUUCAUUUUAUUUGCUGCAAAACUCAUGUGUGCAUAUAAACUAAUAUGACCCUUA